CUUUUUUGAUUUGCCUCCACUACUUGGCUUCGCAURUGUCUCCAGAGCAGAACUUCCAAAAAGGCAUUUCCUGCAGCCCAUCUCUCWGAAAACAACUCUCCCGUCUUCCAAAAAGAGCCAGCCACCAGCUGCGAUGCUGGGGACAGCAGCAGUGAGGACGUGGAUCGAGCCAGUGGUGGCAGGCUCCCAGCUGGCCAGCGCCUUCUGCGACACGGGGCUGCUAAUGGUGGUGAAGAACUACUACAACCAGACCAACCCGCCCUCUCCUUCUCACGCACUGCAAGAUGCCGAGCAGAAAGCUGUCUCUAACUUCUAUAUCAUCUACAACCUUGUCCUGGGCCUGAGCCCGCUGGUGUCAGCCUACGGCUUGUCCAAGUUGGGGGACAAGGUGCAUCGGAAGAUCCCCAUCUGCCUCCCCCUUUUUGGCUACUUGGUCUCCAAAUCUCUCCUGCUCCUCCUGAUCCUGCUGAACUGGCCCAUCGAGGUGAUGUACGGGGCUGCUGCUUUUAAUGGGCUCACAGGAGGUUUCACYACGCUCUGGGCAGGCGUUAUGGCUCUGGGAUCCUUGGGCUCCUCCGUGAGCAGAAGAUCUCUGCGGCUUAUCAUCAUUGAGCUGGUGUACGGCCUGGCAGGUUUCCUGGGAAGCAUGGCAUCCGGGUACCUCUUUGUGGGCUUCAGCAACCGCUAUCGAGAGGGCACAGUGCUGGUAGGCUGCAGUGUUGCUUGCUAURCUUUCUGUCUCCUCUACAGCAUUUUUGUUCUGAAAGUCCCCAAGACAGCAGACUCCUGCCCAGMCAAAGCCAAGAGCACAGGGGAUGGUGGCAACCAGCUACCAGCCAGCACAGGAGCCCCGGAGAUUUCCUCCUCUUCUGAGAGCAUCAAUCUUGCACCAGUAUCACCCUCAAAACUUACCAUUGUCAUGCUCUUUGCCGGGGCAAUUCUCUACGACCUUGCAGUCGUUGGUGCUAUGAAUGUGCUCCCACUCUUCUUGCUCAGGGAGCCCUUAAGCUGGAGUCCUGUGGAGAUCGGCUAUGGCAACGCUGCUGGGUAYGUGAUCUUCAUCACUAGUUUCCUAGGGGUAUUUGUGUUCUCCAAGUGUUUUAGGGAUACUACGAUGAUCAUGAUUGGAAUGGCAUCCUUCAGCACUGGCAUCCUCAUCAUGGCCUUCGUGCAGUGGACCUUCUUGUUCUACAUCGCAAGGGCAGUGAUGCUUUUUGCCCUCAUUCCCUUACCCACCAUCAGGUCCAUGUUAUCCAAGCAUGUUGAAGGGUCAUCUUAUGGCAAGGUGUUUGUCCUGCUGCAGUUGUCCUUAGUCAUCACGGGAGUAGCGACAUCUACCAUCUACAAUAAGAUCUAUCAAAGUACCCUGAACUGGUACAGCGGGUUCUGUUUCAUUCUGUCUUUCCUAUUUGGCUGCCUAAGUCUCCUCCCUCUAAGCAUCGUGGCCUUCAAACAACGUUCAACCACCRGUUCCCUUCAAAUUCUGACAGACUGAGAGCAGCAGCUAAAAAGCAGCUAAAAGAUGUUAAUCUUUUCUCUGAGCUGACCAAAGGGAAGUUUUGCAGCCAUCAGUCCC